AUGCAAAUUCUUGUGAAUAAGAGACCAAGUGUUAAGUAUGGACCCACCCUCAAGAAUACUUUGUCAAUCUCAAAGAAAUUUGAUAAGGUAAGGAUCAGAAAAUAAGCUUCAAAGGAACUAUAAUGAUGAAGCCUGCUGAUAUUACAGAUGAAAGUGCAAAAUAUGCCUUUUACAAGCGAAGAAUGAGUACACUGUGGCUCCUCCGGAAAAUUUCUUCCCUCCUAAGCACGAGAUUAGCAGGAGUGAUGUAAAGAUAGAGUAUAAGAACUUUUUAUGGAUGGCUGAGCACCUCCUCUCACCUCAUGAUCGUAUCCAUGGGUGUGAACUCUUAAUCCCAGAGACAUAUUUCUUCGUAAAAGGAAGGCCCAAAAUGAUGAUAAAAAGUGAUAGGAAUAACUUUCUUACUUGCAUAAAAGUCCCAGAAAAGCUAGAGCUUACUGAGAUCAGGAAGGACUUACCCCAAUUCUGCAGGAAUAGGAGGUCAACACGAAAGUUUUCUAGUGACUUAAAUUUUAACAACCGUUCAAGGGAGAAGAACAAUGACUUGAUUUCUCCUAAAUAAAACAGUUGAGGAUGAAGACAAGCUGUAUCCUCAUGAUUACGCUCGAAUAGUCUACAUGCCUGAAAAGGACAAGGAGUCUCUAGUCCAACUGCUUAGCGAGAAAGCUCUUAUCAAGAAGUUCCAUAUCAGGAAGAAUGAUAGCUUCUGGAAGACAGUUAUGAUAAUGCAGAGCGUUAUUCCAUACGAAAUUAAUUCUAAAUAAGAGAACUUAUAAGUUUCAUUUCAGGAUUCUUCCUGAAGGGACCGUUAAAAGGCUUGAUAAAAUUGAGUUCAGAUGUUACAGCAUCUUCGUCAAGAUAUGCUUCUAUGUCGAUACUAUGUACAACUAUGAAGUCGAAGAAGCUGAAAUGGAGUUCUUAAGGGACGAUGAUAAUAGACUUUGGGUCAUUGAUAUUCCCAAGACUAAGAUUUUACAUAAAUAAAGGAUUUGAAGAAUCAUCAGCGAUUAAUGGAGUUACUUAUUGACAUCCGAAAGGUAAAGAUCCAGAGUUAGUUAUGACAAAGGAAGAUAAACCACAGUUUGAUCAGCAUGAAUUUGAAAGUAUCACAGCUGAGAUGGAUAGAAGGAUAGAAACGCUUGAGACCAAUGAAAAUGAAGAAGAAGAUGGACCCUCUCCUUUUAAAAAAUAAAUAUCAAGCAAUCUUUGAAAUCAUGAUGAAUCAGUAUUCCAAUUUGAAGCAAAGGUAUGGUUUUGAUGAAAAAUCAGAAGCAGAAGAUUCCUCCAGAGUUAUAAGCAAACUUUCACCGGCCACUCAAGCUAAGAAACUUAGAGUUAGGAACUUGAGAUCUCAGAAGAUAUCAUUCAGCAAGAAGAGGACUAAAAUCAGACCUUUGAUGAAAAGUAUGGGUCACUGGGGACAGAACAAGCUGACUCCUUCUACUCAUUCCAAGGUAGAAUUCCACAGGAAAAAGUCUAAUAAUUUCCUGGUAAAAAGAAGUAUAGAUACUCAGAGCACUAAGUUUGGCACGAUAGUGCCAAACUUCAAGGACAAAAAGAUCUGGACACCUUAUAAUCAUAAAAGGAAAUCAUUGAACUUUAGUAACAGGAGAAGUAGCUGCUUUGGCCAAAAGAGGAGCCAAGUGGCUCCAUCUCUUGGAAUCUGCAGUUUCCCAGUGAAACAUUUCAAUGUCUAUUCUUAA